UUAUUUUAGUAUCGUAUCAUUUAGUGAUCCAACACUUAAACAGCAAAUAUGUCACAAUUAAACAUAUUUUCAACUAUUGUUUUGUCACUGUUUGUGAUCUUAUCAAUUGAUUGUAUUGACAGUCGUCGUCAACUAUCCAGAAAUGAUAGACAAGAGUUAGAAAAGUUUAAACUAACAGUUAAACUAUUGGAUGGCGUUUUGAAUGAUAAUGACAACAAUCCAGACGCCGGUACUGGUGGUGGUCAGGGAGGAGGUGGAGGAGGAGGAGGAACUAGCAAUAGGAAUCUGCCGACCGUUAGUUCCGGUAUAGGAGCGGUCGAUGAGAAAGAUAUUGAAUAUUACGAUACAAACGGUAAACAAAUUAACAAACAGGAAUACCUGAGACUUAAACAGGAAUGGGAUCGACAACAACAACAACCUAAUGGUGGCAGUGGUGUCAGCAACAGUGGGACUACAGUACCGGUUGGUCCACCCAUACAACGAUGGGGCUCUUUAAGUCCUCUUAUAAUGAGGACUAUGGAAUUAAAUUAUAUAAUGUAUUCAAAUGGCACAAAACAUAUUAUACCAAAUAAACCAAUAUAUACCUAUCUUGAUCCAAAACAUAAUCGAAUAACCAGGGAACAAUGGCAACAAUUUAAUACAGAUAACGAGGAAAAUUGGUUUAAAAAUAACCUAAUAAUAAAAACAAACCUUAAAAAAUCGAUAAAAAUCUAAUAUACUGUUUAUAUACAGGUAAUACAAGUUUAUCUAUAUACAGUAUAUAUAUAUACAUAUAGUAUGUGUUU